ACCUGGGUAUUUUCCAAACAAUGCCGAGAUGCGAUUCACUGAAUCAAAACAGUGCAAAGAAACGCGGUUUUCCCCGAAGUAUGGGGAAGUACAGAUGAUAUUGUUUUAAUCUAUUAUUAGCCAACCUGUUAAUACACAAUGAGCAGAGUUUACACUAGUAAACCCGCAGUUUCACGGCAGCCAGGCGGUAAUAAACCUGUCCCGAAAAAUCCUGACAUCAGCAGAAAAUCGAAACCGGGUCCUGCAUUUUCUUGUCCUGGUCGCACAACAGGUGCUGGUAUUAACAGUCACAGGGGGACUCCUUCCCAGCCUAAAACACGGACAUAUCAGAACAGCAGCCAGAGCAGGAGAAUGAGUGGUCCAGGGUAUUCAGGUAGUGCUUACGGUAAUGGUACCAGGGGUGCAUAUGCUAGUUCAAGUGGCCAGCAACAGUCUUUGUAUGGACAGAGUCCGACUCGGAGACCAUGUGAUCGUCGUCAAACUCAAGACCUUCGCCCUGGGUUUUCUGCACAGCGAAGUGGAUUGGGUUUGGAAGAUCAGGACCGAGGGCUAGGAUCUCAGCCAGUUGCUGAGCGUAGACUGGAAUACCGUGGAGGCUAUUCAGUGAUGCCACCGGAUGAAACAAGAAAACGUCAAGUGGAAGCUCAAGCAAGGAAGGAAUCCGAGGAAUAUGAGAGAUAUAAAGAACAGAAGAAGCCAGGGCAUAUGUCCUAUGUUGGCACUGCAGGUGGUGGGCUCACAGAAGAGCAGGCGCGUGCCCGAGCAGCAAAGGAACAUUCACAUUCCAAAUUUAACAGUCUACAAAAACGCCAGCAGUAUCACGAUGAGGCAAGAAGGAAGGAGGAUAUGAAAUAUGAGGAGAAGAAAGCCCAGGCCAGAGAACAGAGUGAACAAAAUGAGAGGCGUGAACGGGAACGACAAAAAAGCCUUGACCACGACAGGCGAAUGAAAAACGAUGCAUUCUUCAGGAAAUGGGAUGGAAAGUAAGGUUAUGGAAUGAACGGAAGGAUGGAAAUUGUAAUCAGAAGUUCUGGCAAAACCAGUUGCAUGUCACUAAAGUGGAAAUUGAAAGAUUUCUGAAAUCUUCAUUUCUUAAAUUUUGGAAUAAUGGCUGUCAAAUUGCUACUAAAAGAUAUCAGCAAUCAGCAAGAUAUAUAUCAUAUAUCAUGCUGAUAUCUUAUAGUAGCAAUUUGACAGCCAUAAGUUGUGAAAUGCAUGGAGAGCCUCCAACAAUUCCUCUGACGACAUGUGACUGGUUUUGAACAUCAGUUAUAAUUUUCAAACAUCAGCAAACAUUCAGUGGAAAAAAUAAGGAAGGAGGGUCUUUAGGGGUAAUGCAUGGGGAAGGGAAUCUAAAAAUCAGACCUUUUCGUGCGUACGUACUAAAUGGAUGGCCCCGAAUGUACACAUACAUUUUCAAGGCAGUAUGGUUUUGCAUGUCGUGGCAAUUUCCUUCAACAAUAACUCAAAAUUGUCUAUUUGAACAUAGCUCUGGUGUAUAUGCACUGUAGUGUACUCUAAUCCUUGGCCACAUGUCUCACUGCUUCGAAUUAUUAAACCUAGCACAGAUAGAUGGGAGAUUAAUUAGGCAAUCAUCAUUGUAUUGCAAGCCAUGUGAAAUUUGUGUUUGUAGGUGCAAGUAUAAAUUGCAUUGUAUAUUUGUUUUGUCUUGCGUAUGGUUUACAAUGGUCAACUGAACAGGAUUUGAUUAAAUGAAUGUAAAUAAAUAAAAAACAUUGUAAUAAAGUAUAUAGGCCAGAGCCCUCUUUUUUACACUGUGUACAUUCAGUGUUUGUUGUUGUUCAUAAGUUUUGGUUGAAAAAGUACACCUAGGACCAAUCAAUCCGCACAAAAUUUUAUAUUUGUCGAGAAGAACCCUUUGUCAAUAUCAUAAUAAAGUUUCACAACAUUCCAAUACCGAUUGCCUGAGAAAAAAUUAUAUCCGUACAGCAUAUCCAUCAAAUCGUAACUGGCGCAUUGAUAUGGCCCUAUCAAAAUACAAAAUCUAAACUGACCAGUAACCACAUUUUCUUAAAUAUAUUAUCAGAAAGCAUAUUUCUGUGAUGGCCUGACUCUGUAGAUUUAGAAUCAACCACAAAUUGAGAGUUUAUUCCACUGUGAUCCAUCCCAGCCAUGUAUUUACCACAACUUUACAUUUUGAUAAGCUCUAUUUGACUGUGACACACUUCCAGUCGUGGAUGAAUACACGUCUCUGCCCUAUAGUUGGUUUCAUUUAUUGCAUAGUGUAUAUUUGUUUUGUCUUGCUUAUGGUUAACAAUGGUCGACUGAACAGGGUUUGAUUAAAUGAAUGUAAAUAAAUAAAA